AAAGACAAGAAAGGGCUGUAAUGGACUGUACUAGUGUUUGGUUGCAUUCUUAACAUCAAUGCAAUGUAUAUGUACUGUACUGUACUGUAUUAAUAGAAUUAACUCCAUUUUUAAGCCCUUUGUGGCUUUCUUUUUACGUCAAUGGUUCAUUUUUCAAGGUGGGGAGGGAAUUUGUGGCAAUACUGUGAUUUCAAGAGGUGUGCUUUGUCCUGAUUUUUCUUUGAAGAGAGUUUGAAAGACAGAGGUGAAAUCCUGUCUGUUGGAGUCCAAUAAACAGCUCAUGUGGUCUUGAUGUUUAUUUUCAAAGUUGGAUUUUUAAAGACAGCAAGAGAAUCGAAUGUUCAGUUUGAGUUUUUCAGCCGCCGUUACUGGAGCCUUGAUUUUGAGGUUUGAAGUUGCAGCACAAAUCUCCCCACUUCUGACUGUCUGAGUUUUCUCUGGACGUGUUUCCUGCUGGACUGGAGAAUUGCAUGUUCAGACUCUGCACCAACUAAUUUUCCUGCGGAACAAUCAACCUGGCAAUCUUUUGAGCAGUCGUCACUUGUGCCCACAGGCACCACAACAACAGGUGAAGACUCAGCACCAAGUAAUUUGCCUGCGGAACAAUCAACCUGGGAAUCUUUUGAGCAAUCGUCAAUUAUGCCCACAGGCACCACAACAACAGGUUCAGACUCUGCACCAACUAAUUUGCCUGCGGGACAAUCAACCUGGCAAUCUUUUGAGGUGUCGUCACUUAUGCCCACAGGCGCUAAAACAACAGGUCCAGACUCAGCAGCAACAAAUUUGCCUGAGGAACAUUCAACAUGGCAAUCUUUCGAGCAGUCAUCACUUGUGCCCACAGGCACCACAACAACAGACUCAUCACCCACUAAUUUUCCUGCACAACAAUCAACCUGGGAAUCUAUUGAGCAGUCGUCACUUGUGCCCACAGGCACCACAACAACAGGUCCAGACUCAGAACCAACUAAUUUGGCUGAAGAACAGUCAACCUGGCAAUCUUUUGAGCAGUCGUCACUUUUUCCCACAGGAACGAAAACCUCAGCCUCUGACACUAAGUUGGAAUCAAUUAGAUCUCCAUCCACCCUAGAGAAAAUGCCUGACUCUCAGAUCACUACUGAAGAUGAUAUUCAAUACAUUUGCAUUAAUGUGAGGAUCAUCUCCGAGAUGGAACUUGAAGAAACAACAGCAAAGAGAAUUGCUGUGGAGACGGUGCAAAGGAUGGUCAACAAACAGGCAGGUACAGAGACAAAAUUGGAACUGGAAAAUGUUCAUUGCUCAGCGGACAAUAAUCCGGAAGCCUGAAAGCAACAAGUGUGUUCACGAGUACCAGAUACCUGUAACUCAGUUGCCAUACAUCUUAACGUUUUGUUCCACAAUGAUUUGCCCUCAUCUGCGCAUUUUUCAACACAAUAGAACUGUUGGCAGAAGGUCAAUCAAUAACUAGAAAUGUAUUCAUGUUAUAAUGCUAUUAAUUUUCCUUAAUUCAGCAAAUGUGUAUAAGCUUAAUGCAUUUUUAUUUUAUUUUAAAGUCCUGGUAUAAUUAAUGACUUCUUGUUAGCUGAAACCAGAUUGACAUCACAAUUCUAGCCCUUGUCAGGAUUAAGUGCUCACAAAUUAAUGAGAGAGCUUCAUUACAGAAUUUCAGUUCCCUACAUUCAGAAAACUGCUUUCACAUAUAAAAAGGGCAUAUCAUCAUUGAAAGGGUGUUUCUGUAAAAUUGGGGUAUUACUUAAAGAUGAAAUUUACAGAACUAAGAAUAUAUCCAACAACCUCAUCCACGACCUGAGCUGCAGAUCUUUGCCACCUUUAAAUACUCAUAACAAUAUGAUGGUAGAAUAGUAGUUACAAGAAAGAAAUGAUAGACAAUUACAAAGGAAGUGAAUUCUAACAAAGUCCUGAGUUCAAAGCUGGAUGAACUCUGCUCGAUCUAACCACCAUGUCACAUUCUUUUGUCCUGAUACUGAUCUAUCAAGCUAUUCUCUGACAUCCAGUAUUCCCCAAUAUUGAGACUUUUCAAGUAUGUGCCUUUACACUUUGAUAUAUUAUCAAUUCAGUAUACUCAUCUCCAUCCCUGCAGCAGUUUGAAGCUGUCACACACGCAUACACCAACACUGAGACCUGCCCACUUCCACCUGCAUAAUAUCAUUCAACUGUCAAUUUUGUAAACCUCAUCCUUGUUUGCAAAACUCCAUGUCCUUCGUAUGUCUAUAUUCCUUCCUAUUUCAAUAUUUUUGAAUUUAAACAUUGGCUACCUGGUGCCUGGGACCUACUUUCUUUUUGUUUGUAAACUUCUCCACUUCAUUCCCAUUUUAUACAACGAUCUCUUUCAUCAAAUCUGAGGCAAUUCAUCAUAAUAUUCAAUUCACCAAUCCAAUUGGAUCAGCACAGAUGUGGUGGGCUGAAGGGCCUGUUCCUGCGCUGUACUGCUUUAUGUUCAGUGAGAGCUUCCCCAGAGUGAGUUCCAUUCCUGAAGAAGCCAAACAUUACAUGUUGAAGCCUUCACUCUAAACAAUCGAUUUACAUCUAAUUCAUUGGCAAUGAAUCUAUCAAGUAAGAAUGCAAAAGUACACAAGGCACAAAGACAAACCACAUUUAAUGCACUUUUGUAUAAGGAAAAAUUUAGCUCAGAAAGGCAUUAGUGAAUUAGCAAGCUGUAAUGAAGAUUCCAAAUGCAAGGAUUUGAUGCAAGGUCUGAACCUCAAGCAUGAGGAGGUAUAAAGGAGGCACAGAAAAUCAUUUUUUUGAAAUGUUGUGCUUAUGUGUGAUAGCUUCAGACAGCUGCUCAAUAAAUCUAAUCCUUAGUAA